UAUUUCCGAGUAGAAAUGACAAAGUUUGAUAUUUUGACAGAAACGAGUGAAGCUGUGAGACUCAGAAUAUUGCUUAGAGAUAGUAUUGUUGAAUGGGAAAAAAAAAUGUCUGCUUGGGAAACAGAUAAUUUUCAUAAUUUAGAUGUAGAACAAAUGAAUAUGUUUUUAGCGCUUAAUUUAAAAUACAUUGUGCAAUUUACAAAAAAUAUUCCUGAAUGCGAACUAAUAAAUUUUAUUAAUGAAAAAGUACAGUCUUUCAAAACAAAAAUGUCAAUCAUAGCAAUGUUAAGAAAUCCAAAUCUUAAGAACCAUCAUUGGAUAAAGAUUGAGCAGAUACUUGGUACAAAAUUCCCAACUAAUCAGACGCUUACUCUUAAAAUACUUGAAGAAUUAAACGUGUUCAGUUACGGUACGGAAAUAAUGGAAGUUUCUGGACAAGCCAGUUCUGAAGCAACUUUAGAAGCAAUAUUGAAAAAAAUUGAAGAUUCUUGGAAAAUAGUAGAUUUAAUUGUACUUCCUUAUAAAAAUACACACGAUAUUUUUAUACUUGGUUCGUUAGAAGAAGUUCAGUUAACAUUAGAAGAAGCAAAUAUAAAUUUAAAUACUCUCAUUUCAUCAAAACAUGUAGUAAUGAUAAGAUCAAGAGUUGAAGAAUGGAUAAAUUCUAUGAAUAUUAUGAACGAUGUUCUAAACGAAUGGAUAAUGUGCCAGAAUAAUUGGAUUUAUUUGGAAUCGAUAUUUUCUGCUCCAGACAUACAAAGACAGCUUCCAAAUGAAGCCGCAUUAUUUAGUCAAGUAAAUAGUUCAUGGAAAGCUAUAAUGCUGAAAGCUGAAAAAAAUCCUUUGGCUAUAAGCAUAUGUACCGAUACUGAUCUCUUGAAAACUCUUAUAAAAAAUAAUCAACAAUUAGAGCAAAUCAUGUUGUAUUUAGAAGCAUAUUUAGAAUCAAAGAGAGUUGUAUUUCCACGGUUUUAUUUCCUGUCAAAUGAUGAGCUUAUAGAAAUAAUUGCUCAAGCACGAAAUACUAGAGCUGUACAGCCACACAUGAAUAAAUGUUUCGAUGCUAUUUGGAGAAUACAAUUUAAAAAUGAUGAUAAAGAAGGAAAACCAUUAACUCCAGAUAAAGAAGGUAGUUCACCUACUAACAUUAUCGCCAUGAUAUCUCCUGAAAGGGAAAUCGUUAAAUUUUCAUCACAAGUUAAAGCAGCUGGAAACGUUGAAUUUUGGCUAACGAGGGUAGAAAAAGAGAUGGUAAAUACAUUGCGGAUGUUUAUGUUCGUAGCUAUGGAAGAUUAUGACAGGAUUCCUAGAGAAAAAUGGGUUUUAUCACACGCUGCUCAGUUAAUAAUUGCGGUAUCUCAAAUGAUGUGGUGUCGUGAUGUCCACAAAAUUCUUAAACUUAAAUCUAAUAUACAAGAAAAAUUGGUUAAAUUUGAACAAAAAUGUUUUAAGGAUCUAAAUAAUUUAGCAGCUAUGGUUCGAGGAUAUUUAACUACACUUCAACGUUCUGUAAUCUGUGCAUUGAUUACAAUUGAUGUUCAUGCGAGAGAUAUAAUAUCAACUAUGGUAGUCCAUAAAAUUAACAGUGAUUUAAAUUUUGAAUGGUUAAAACAGUUUCGUUAUUAUUGGGAUACUGUGGAUAGUUGUGUUGCAUAUAUGGCUAAUGCUCGUUGGCUAUAUGCAUUUGAAUACUUGGGUGCAUCUCCUAGAUUAGUGAUCACACCAUUAACUGACAAAUGCUAUUUGUGCUUGAUGGGUGCUCUUCAGUUAAAUUUAGGGGGAGCGCCAGCUGGACCUGCGGGUACUGGAAAGACCGAAACAACCAAAGAUCUUGCAAAAGCAUUGGCUACACAAUGUGUUGUAUUUAACUGCUCUGAUGGUUUAGAUUACAAAAUGAUGGGUAAAUUCUUCUCUGGAUUGGCUCAAUCGGGAGCAUGGUGUUGUUUUGACGAAUUUAACCGUAUAGAAAUUGAAGUGUUAUCGGUUAUCGCACAACAGUUAAUCACUAUUAUGAAUGCAAAAUUAAUAAAUGCCACUAAGUUCAUGUUUGAAGGUCGGGAGAUUAGACUUAUAAAAACAUGUGCAGCAUUCAUAACAAUGAAUCCAGGAUAUGCUGGAAGAAGUGAAUUACCAGAUAAUUUACAAGCUUUAUUUAGACCAAUGGCAAUGAUGGUACCAGACUAUGGUUUAAUUGCUGAGGUUAUAUUGUAUUCUGAAGGUUUCGAGUCGUCAAAAAUGUUGUCUCAAAAAAUGGUAAAAAUGUAUAAAUUAUGUAGUGAACAGCUUUCUAUACAGGAUCACUAUGACUUUGGAAUGAGAGCUGUAAAAAGCGUUUUAGUAAUGGCUGGUUCAUUAAAACGACAAAAUCCUUUCAUUAAUGAAAAUUUAGUUUUAAUUAGAGCUCUGAGAGAUAGUAAUUUACCAAAAUUCCUAAAAGAUGAUGCUAUACUAUUUCAAGGUAUAUUAAAUGACCUAUUUCCUGGGAUUGUAUUACCAGAACAAGAUUAUGGAAUGUUCUUAUCUACAGCUAAAAAUGUAAUGGAAAAUAAUGGCUAUCAAAUUGAAGAGUGUAUUUAUGUAAAAGUUAUACAGCUAUUAGAGACAAUAAUUGUGCGACAUGGUAUCAUGACCGUUGGUUCGACAGGUGGUGGAAAGACCACUGUUUUAAAAAUACUUAGUAAAACAUUAACAGAGCUUUACAAUAAUAAAAUAGAAGAACAAUAUUAUAGACCAGUUAAAAUAUAUCAAUUAAAUCCCAAAGCUAUUACUAUGAGCGAACUUUACGGUGAAGUAAAUCUCCUUACAAUGGAAUGGAGGGACGGAUUACUUGGAAAGUUUAUAAGACAAACAGUUCAAACAACAAAAGAAAUAUUUCAAUGGGUGGUGUGUGAUGGCCCUGUAGAUGCAAUAUGGAUCGAGAACCUUAAUACCGUACUUGAUGAUAAUAAACUCUUAUGUUUAGCAAAUUCAGAACGAAUUAAAUUAAGCUCUUGGGUUAGAAUGAUUUUUGAAGUGGGCGACUUAUCACAAGCAUCACCCGCCACUGUUAGUAGAUGUGGAAUGGUUUACGUAGACGCAACUGAACUAGGAUGGUUGCCGUAUGUAAACUCAUGGAUAAAUAGAUUAAGAAAUGAUGCCAUUCAAAAUAACAUAGAAAUAAAAAAAUAUCUAUUGACGCUAUUCGAAACCUAUGUUUACGAAGGUUUUUCAUUUAUUGACAAGCAUUGUUUGGCUCCAAUAAAACAAGUUGAAAUUAGUAAAGUGACAAUGAUGUGUUCUAUUAUCGAAUCUCUAUUAUCUGACUCUGAUAAUUUUAAUAUAGAAACAGAAACAGAAAAAUUCAAAAUUCAAAACUAUAUUUUGCAAUCAUUUAUAUUUUCGUAUUUGUGGUCAUUAGGAUCAAAUUUAGUAGAUUCUUCUCAAAAUAAAUUCGAAAAUUUAGUUUUUAAUCAAUUUGAAAACCAUUCGGAAUUUUUAAUUUCACCUGGAAUGAAAUUAUUCGAUGUAUACCUAAACACAGUAAAUAACACACUUGAAAAUUGGGAUUCCAUUGUUCCAAAAUUUGUAUAUAACGCAAAUACACCUUAUUUUGAGUUACUAGUACCUACAGUAGAUAGUAUUCGAUAUGCAUAUGUAAUGCAAAGAUUAGUGCAAAUGAACCAACCAGUAAUGCUAACUGGAACCACAGGAGUAGGAAAAACUUCAGUUGCAAAUUUAGUCAUGCAGAAUUUGGCAACAACAGAUAAUUGGAUAACCGGAAUAAUAAAUUUUUCUGCACAAACUAGUAGUUUUAGGACUCAACAAAUAUUAGAAUCAAAAUUAAUAAAGAAAAAACGAAAUCGUUUUGGUGCACCAGGAAAUAAGCGUUUAGCGAUUUUCAUUGAUGAUGUCAACAUGCCAAAACCUGAAAUUUAUGGAGCUCAACCACCUAUUGAAUUACUAAGACAACUUUUGGAUUCUGGUGGAAUAUAUGAUCGAGAUAAGUUAGAUUGGAAAUAUAUAGAAAAUGUAAUAUUAUGUACUAUUUGUGCACCUCCGGGUGGAGGUAGAAAUCCCUUAACUCCGAGAUUCACAAGACAUUUUUCUAUGCUGUUUAUACCAACUACAAGCGAAAAUGCUAUGAGAACUAUAUUUACAUCCAUUUUGGACGGAUUUUUUGAAGAAUUUCCGCCAAUCAUAGCUAAUUCUUGUCCAGAAAUAGUAGAAGCUAGUAUCGAAGUGUAUUCACGUAUUUCAGAUGAUCUAUUACCUACUCCUGCAAAGUCACAUUAUGUCUUUAAUCUUAGAGAUUUAUCGAAGACCAUACAAGGAGUAUUGCAAGCGGAUUUUGCUACUAUACCAGAUCGAACACAUUUGUUCAGACUAUGGUAUCAUGAAACAUUACGUGUAUACCAUGAUCGUUUAGUUUGUCAAGAAGACAGAUCAUAUUUUUACAAUCUUCUUCAAAAAGUGUGCAUAAACUAUUUCGAUAAAAAUGUGUUAGAAUUUUCUAAAUCUGACAUAAAUCUAACACAACCUCCUAUGUUAAUAUUUGGCGAUUUCAUGAACUCAAAUACUAAAGAAAAUCGAAUUUACGAAGAAAUAACUGAUAUCAUUAAAUUAAAAAAAGCGUUAACUGAAAAUUUAAUGGAUUUUAAUAUGAUUUAUAAUAAAGACAUGAAAAUCAUAUUUUUUAUGGAUGCCAUCGAACACAUAUCACGUAUAGCGAGGAUAUUGAGAUCAGAAAGAGGGAAUGCUUUACUUGUUGGAGUUAGUGGUAUGGGGAAACAAUCAUUAACUAAAUUGGCAUCACAUCUUAAUGAUUACAAAUGUUUUCAAAUAGAGUUAACGAAAUCGUAUGACUAUACUACUUUCCACGAAGAUUUAGUUAAUCUUUAUUAUUUAGCUGGUGCCAAAUUCGAAGACACGACGUUUUUAUUCACAGAUAAUCAAAUUGUACAAGAAGUAUUUUUAGAAGAUAUAAAUAAUAUUUUAAACUCAGGGGAAGUACCAAAUCUGUUUAAACACGAUGAUCUGGAGAAGGUCAUUAUUGCAUGUCGACUAUCAGCCACAGAAUCAGGAAUCAGUAGUGAGAACCGAGAGGCAAUAUACAGAUACUUCAUACAGCGAGUACGCUCAAAAUUACAUCUCGUAAUAUGUAUGAGCCCAAUUGGUGAUGCAUUUAGACGAAGAUGUCGUUUGUUUCCUUCAUUGGUAAAUAACUCGACUAUAGAUUGGUUUGAUGACUGGCCGAAAGAAGCUCUUUUAUCUGUAGCAUAUAACAGCUUAGGAAAGUUUUCACAAUCUGGAAAUUUAAAUUUAAUUGGCAAUCUAACAAAUAUUUGUAACAGUAUGCAUGAAUCAGUUAGUGAAGCGACAAAAAAAUUCUAUGACCAAAUGAGAAGAUACUAUUACGUGACACCAAAAAGUUACUUGGAUUUCUUAAAAUUGUAUUUAAGAAUGCAUGAGUUUCAAACCAAUAAAAUCAAAAGUGAAUCUGACCGUAUUUCAAAAGGACUAGGAAAAUUGUACGAAACCUUCAACAUGGUUGGACAAAUGAAAAUAAAAUUAAAAGCUAUGGAACCAGAAUUAUUUGAAAAAAACGAAGCUACAUUAAAAUUAAUGAACAAUCUAACAAUAGAAAAAGCUGGCGUUGAUACAAUACGAGAAGUAGUUCUUUUGGAAGAAUCAGCAGUCAAAAUAAAAGCUGAUGCUGCACAAGCAAUUGCUGAAGAUGCACAAAAAGAUUUAGCUUUAGCUAUGCCAGAAAUGAAAGCUGCGAAAGCAGCUUUAGAAUCUCUAAACAAGAAAGAUAUAAAUGAACUUAGAGUAUUUAAUAAACCUCCUAAACUUGUUCAAACCGUUAUGGAAGCUGUAUGUCUAUUGUUGAAGAAAAAAACUGAUUGGGCUUCAGCUAAAUUAGUAUUAGGGGAUAGCAAUUUCCUAAAAACUUUACAAGAAUAUGAUACAGAUAACAUUUCUGACAAGAUGAUUAAUCAAUUAAAGCCUUACAUAGAUAAUCCAGAUUUUAAUGAAAAAAAAGUAGCAGUACAAUCUUCAGUGGCUCGAUCAAUGUGUAAAUGGGUUCGGGCUGUGUACAGUUAUUAUCUAAUAUUUAAAAUAGUCGAACCGAAAAGAAAGAAACAACAAGAAGCUGAAGAUGAACUUAAUAUUGUAUUAACAGAACUAAAAGCAAAGCAAAAAAUGUUAUCUGACGUCCAAGCGCGUCUAAAAAAACUUGAAGAUACUUAUGAUCAGAGUGUUUCUGAAAAAAACAAACUUGAAUUAAACAUAGGUAAAACACAAUCGCGAUUAAACAGAUCUGAUUUGCUAGUUGAAGCAUUAAGCGAUGAACAAUUAAGAUGGGAAAAUAAUAUACAAAUCCUUGCCCAGCGUCUGUUGACUGUAACCGGUGAUACUAUAAUAGCAGCCGGGUGUGUUAACUAUUUAGGACCUUUUACAGACGAGUAUCGUAAGGAUAUAACCCAUUCUUGGCUACGACAAUUGACUCUAUAUGAAAUACAACAUUCUACAAACUAUUCGCUGAGCUCUGUACUAAUCGAUUCAUUUGAGUUACGCUCAUGGAAUAUGUGUGGCCUCCCUAGGGAUUUGGUGUCAACGGACAGUGCAAUAAUCGUGACCAGAGCAAGUCGAUGGCCACUGAUGAUAGAUCCUCAAGAACAGGCAAAUAAAUGGAUCAAGGCCUUGGAAAUGGACAAUUCGUUAAGAACGUGCAAAGGAACGGAUUCAGAUAUCAUGAACGCAAUCAUUGAUGCGAUCAGGUUGGGAUACACUGUUUUGAUCGAAGGUCUCGAAGAAAACAUUGAUCCUACAUUGAGACCUAUAUUGGAGAACAUAACAUUUAGACGAGGUGGACGGUUGUUAAUGCGUAUUGGUAAUACUGAUAUAGAAUAUGAUGAACAGUUCAGAUUCUACAUGACAACCAAAAUGUCUAAUCCACAUUAUUUACCAGACAUAUGUAUACAAGUUACGUUAGUAAAUUUCACUGUAACACUUUCGGGCUUGGAAGAUCAGUUAUUAGUAGACGUUGUGCGAUUAGAAAUGCCUGAUUUGGAAGAAAAGCGGACCGAAACAAUUGUGAAUAUAAACGAUGACAAUAAUUUAUUGAAAGAAAUGGAAGACAAAACAUUGAGAAUGCUCAAUAUGUCAAAAGGAAAUAUAUUGGACGAUGAAGAACUCAUACAAACACUUAAUAACAGCAAAGAAACAUCUAUUAUCAUCGCCGGGCGUUUAAUUGAUGCAGAAGAAACAGAACAAAACAUCAGUAUCGCGCGUGAGCGUUAUCGAGCAGUAGCUAAUCGAGGAUCAUGCCUUUAUUUUGUAGUAGCUCAGCUGUCUGAAAUUGAUACUAUGUACCAAUUUUCUUUAAAUUAUUUUAGUUCUAUAUUUUGCAAUGUGAUUAAAAACAGUGACAAAAAAAUAAGAAUAGAUGUUAAAAUGCCCACUAUGAUCGAAGAUAUUACCAAGGCUGUUUAUACAACUGUUUCUAGAGGCCUGUUCGAACGCCACAAAUUAAUAUUUAGUUUUUUGGUCAGUGUAAGCAUAAAUCUACAAGCAGGAAAAAUUACAAAUACCCAAUGGAACUUUUUGUUGCGUGGACCCAUAGGAAAAUUAAAAAGAAAAAUGACAAUUAAACCAGCAGUGUUUGCAUUGACAGAAGACAUGUGGAAAUCUGUUAAUUAUAUGUCUGAAGUAUUUUCGAUAUUUAAACAUCUUCCUGAAAACUGCACGAGACCAAUAAAAAUCACACUAGGAAAUUUUAUUCAAGAUAUUCAUUUAGAUCAUGAAAAUAAUGACAUUGAAAUAAACUGGAACUCAAAAUUAAAUUCAUUUGAAAAACUUAUGAUCAUUAAAGCAUUUAAAGAAGAAAAAUUGAUUUUCGCAAUUACUAAUUACGUUAGCACUGAACUCGGAAAAGCAUUUAUUGAAAGUCCAGGAGUUUCACUUCACUUAUUAUAUAAUGAUACAUCUUCGACUAUACCUUUGAUUUUCAUUCUUAGUCCGGGUUCAGAUCCAUUCGUAGCAUUUCAAAAGUUUGCUAUGGAAUUUGGAAUGAUAGAUAAGUUACGUGCAAUAUCUUUGGGUCAGGGACAAGGUCCUAUCGCAGAAAAACUUAUAAAAAAUGGCCAAAGAGAAGGUCAUUGGAUAUUUUUGCAAAACUGUCAUUUAGCAUCAUCGUGGAUGCUACAUAUGGAAAAUUUAGUUCAAAAUCUAAUCGAAAAUCCAUUAAAUAUUAAUUCUGAGUUUAGGCUGUUCUUAAGUUCGAUGCCAUCAAAAAGUUUUCCUACAUUUGUCCUACAAAAUGCAUUGAAAGUUACAAACGAACCACCAAAAGGCUUAAGGGCAAAUAUGAAAAGAUCAUUUACAGACAUAAAUAUCGAUUUUUUCGAAAAUAAUGCAUUCAGUUCCGAUUGGCGGAAAAUGGUAUUUGGACUGUGUUUUUUCCACGCUAUCAUAUUGGAAAGAAAGAAAUUCGGGUCGCUUGGUUGGAACAUUGCAUAUUCGUUUACUGAUAGUGACCGCGAAUGUGCCAUGUUAUUGUUGCAUAUGUAUUGCUUAAAUGCAAAAGAAAUACCGUGGGAUGCUUUACAGUACAUUACUGGUGAGAUAAACUAUGGUGGCAGAGUUACUGACUCUUGGGAUCAAAUAACGUUGAAAACCGUACUUUUGAAUUUCUUUGGUCCUCACACUCUUGAACCAGACUAUAAAUACUCCGAGUCUGGUAUUUACUUUUGUCCAGAAACAGUAAAAUGCACCACCAUUAAUGAUUAUCAGUUAUUUAUAGAUAAGUUACCGAUAGUCGAAGAACCGGAAAUAUUUGGAAUGCAUGAAAAUGCGAACAUUGCGUAUCAAACUAAAGAAACACAAGAAACAUUAAUGACAAUCAUUGAAGCAUAUCCAAAAUCAUUAACAGGCACUGUUGGUAAAUCAGAUGAUGAAAUCGUUAUGGAAAUGGCCAUUGAUAUUUCCGAAAAACUUGUGAAUUUAAUAGACUUUGGUGAAGCUCAUUCCACAAUAAUGAAUACAGACGAUAAAGGAAGAUUGCCUUCAUUAUCCACUGUACUGUCACAGGAAAUCGAACGUUUUAAUAAAUUACUUGAUAUCAUACAAAAUUCAUUAAAUGAUUUACGUAAGGCGAUAAAGGGGCUCGUGGUUAUGUCUGCAGAAUUGGAAGGCGUUUACAUAUCAUUCAUGAGCAAUAUGGUACCUAAUAUGUGGCUGAAUAAAGCAUACCCCUCGUUGAAAGCUUUGGGUAGCUGGGUUAAAGACUUGGCACUUAGACUAGAUUUUAUCUAUAUCUGGAUGAAGUUUGGUAGUCCUCCUUCUUACUGGAUAUCAGGUUUAUAUUUUCCACAAGGUUUUAUGACUGGAUGUCUGCAGAGACAUGCUAGAAAAUAUGCCAUACCCAUUGACAGUUUGAAAGUUGAUUUUGAGCUUACCCGAACCAUUUUGGUACAAGAAGAAAUUGCCGCCGUGCAUGCAGCUACCGCGAAAGAAGACAACGAAGCUUACAAAGGCCUAAAGAAACUGGAUGAUGGCGUUUAUGUACAUGGUCUAUACCUGGACGCCGGGCGUAUAGACUCCACUACCAGUCGUCUGGUUGAUCCCAUUCCCGGUGACCUAUAUCCUUCGCUGCCCGUUAUACGGCUAGUGCCAACUACCAAUUUGGACGAACAUAGUUUGAGGUACAAUUGUCCUCUGUAUAAAACUGCAGCUAGAGCUGGGGUUCUUUCAACCACCGGACAUAGCACUAAUUUUGUAAUUGCUGUUUUGUUGCCGACUGAUUUUCCUGAGAGCUAUUGGAUCCUUAAAGGCACCGCUCUCAUUACGCAAUUAACAAAUUGA